AUGCGACGAAACAGACCCCUCGAUGAGCCCAAACAGUCAAUUGUCUCAUCAAAAAGCACCAGCCAUGAUAACCGCCCACUAUCAAAAUCAUGGAUCGAGCACUUUCUAUUUGUCCUCCUCAUUAUCCCUUUAACACUAAGCGCUCUUGUGUUAUAUACCGAUAUUUCCAGCUGGCAUCUCCCAGACAACCUAUAUGCUUUUGUGAAUACAAACCGCACAUCUGUCCAGACAGCAGUCCAGAUCUUCGGAGCAAUCCUAGCAGCUAUCGAAGUCUUCGCACUCUGUCGCCUGAUCAACUUGACAACUCGCGUUCGGUUUACACAAACUCCAGUAUCCCUCGACGUGCUUGGGUUCUGGUCAGCACUGUCCACUCCCACAAACAACUUCUGUCUACCUUUCUGGAUGAUUGCUAUCACUGUGUUCCUCGGCAAUCUGUCUGCUAUCAUAUCAGCAUUAUGGACUGGCGCCUUGACACCCGCAAAUGCUAUCGGCGCCCAACAUUCUUCCCUAUUCAUUCCAGAUUGGUCCAAUAUCAGUUUGAUCAAUGAAUACCCCUCUGAGAUCGACAAGACGGGCUUUUCAACACGCGAGGCAAAGGGCUACUUCACGUACUCAGUGGGCAUAGGGUUACUAGGCUCACUACUAUCCUCCAUGAACUCUGCCUCCCCAACUAACGGCGGCAUUCGCAAUCACCCCAAAAUGGACAACACCCGAUAUAACUAUCACGGUCGGUCCUACGGAGUUGGUGCAAGUGCCGGUCUAUCUGACGAUAGUCUCGUCGCAAUACCCCACGUACGAAACUACACAUUCAACGAAGUCGGCCUCGACGCCUCGGUCGACUGCAUCUAUAAUACAAGCUCGAUGUUUAUGAUUCAAGUCCUUCCACAACCCACCCUCCACGCAGCUCGAGGUCUACUUCCCGAUAGCAAACCCAGCGCACCCGAGUACUCGGUCUACAUUGGUCGAGGCGACGAUGCAAUAGUUGCGUUAGGGGUGGCAGCGGAUCCCACCGAAUACAGUGCAAAGCGAUAUAUGGCUAUCGCAGCAGGGAGUUACUAUAAAAAUUUGGACAAAGUCCAGUGUGCCGUCACAUUCAACCCGGCACUCUUCAACGUCUCUGUUGAUAUUCAAGGACGGAAUCUCAGCGUUAGCAAAGUGAGAUCAGUGGAUUCGGUCCAUGAUAUCGAUCCCCAUCACAAUAUAACCCACAUCGUCAUGCGACAACUCGAACUUAUCUCCAACGAUCUGACUAGCUACUAUCGCUCGACCCUUGGCGAUGCCUUCAAUGCCAGCAUUAGUGAUUACCGCACUUCCGUUGCUGGUGGGGAUCUAUCGGACAUGCAGAUCGUGAUGAAGGGAAUGGAGAACGCAGUUACGUCCUUGGUCGACGAUAUCCUGGUUGGAUAUGCGUCGGCCCAGUUGGUGGUUGGUAGAUUCAGGAAAUCCACACCCGUACUAGUCGAGGUCUCUGCUUUGCGCGUCGGAUCGCGGGCUUAUGUUAUUGCCAGUGUGGUGAUCACGGGUCUGAUCGCGCUUCUAGUUAUCGGGGAAGGCAUUCGAAUGCGAUGGUGGAAGGAUCUCCCGUCUUUUGAUUAUCAGGAUAAUCGAGCGUUGGUUCUGGGUGCUUCUAGGGGUGGGAGGGGUUUUGCGGAGUACGUCGAACAGGUCAACUGUAAGAAUCUUGGUAGGGUUCCGGUGAUUUGGAGGAAGAGGAAGGGACAGGAAUCAUGGGAUCAGGGGGAAAUUGUUUUCCAACCCUUGCUGCAUGACUCGGAAGACAAUAUCGAGCAUGUUGGGUCAGAUAGGGAUUCCGUCGCUUGGAUAUAA